AUGUCGGACCCGGCGAAUUACGUCGUGGGCUGGAUUUGCGCCUUACUGAUCGAAUAUGUGGCGGCACAGGAACUCCUCGACGAGGAGCAUGAAGGACCGACGUAUUUAUCCCCCAACGAUCCGAACGACUACACGUUGGGCAAAAUUGGGGAACAUAACGUCGUCAUCGCCGUCUUGCCUGAUGGGGAAUAUGGGAUCGCCUCGGCGGCCACUGUCGCAGCCAACAUGUUGAAUAGCUUUCCCAAUGUCCGAAUCGGCCUGAUGGUCGGUAUUGGCGGCGGGGUUCCCAGCGCAAGGCAUGACAUUCGUCUGGGGGAUGUGGUCGUGAGUGCCCCCCGCAAUGGGAAGGGUGGCGUGCUCCAGUACGAUUUUGGCAAAACGAUCCAGGGCCAGAGAUUCCAGCAGACGCUGUAUCUGAAUCACCCCCCAACGACACUGCGUACGGCCGUGACGGGGAUCCAGGCACAGUAUCGGAGGAGGGGCCAUCGGAUCGCGGAGACGGUCAACGGCCUGCUAAACUGCAACACGAUGCUACGCCGAGACUUCGAACGACCACCUCCCGACAGUGACUUGCUGUUCAGGGCCGACUCCAUCCAUGAUCCAAGAGGAUGUGCUGAAGUUUGUGUGAAGGAUUCCUCUAAUGUGAUCCCACGACCCGAGCGGACGGAACUUGACGAGAAUCCCGCCAUCCACUAUGGCCUCAUUGCAUCUGCCAACCGGUUGAUGAAGGAUAGCUUGACGCGAGAUAGGCUGGCGGCGGAGGAUGGCGUUCUGUGUUUCGAAAUGGAAGCCGCAGGCCUGAUCAAUACUUUUCCGUGCCUGGUGAUCCGGGGCAUAUGCGACUACGCGGACUCGCACAAGAGCAAAGCGUGGCAAGGAUAUGCAGCGAUGGUGGCGGCAGUAUACACCAAAGACUUGCUCCUGCGGAUCCCACCCAGCAGGGUUGAGGCCGAGAAGAAGAUUGGCGACAUUCUGUCUGAUCUCCAAGGCGUAGCAGAAACGCAUCUGAUAAUUUCAGAGAAGAACUUUCAGCUAAAUCAACAUAUGUUCAACCAAAUGUCAGCCAAGGAGCACCAAGAGUGUCACCAGAUAUUCCGGCUCACCUCCGGCACCAAGGAUACGACUUACGAGGGGUACAAGGAUCGUGUGCAAACGCGAGUCAAGGGCACAUGCGAAUGGUUCCUGAAUCAUGAUCACUUCCAAAAGUGGCUGGAACAAGAUGCGGGGCCCUUACUGGUCUCCGCUGACCCAGGCUGUGGAAAGUCCGUCUUGGCUAAAUAUUUGGUUGACGAUGGACUGCCACGCUCAGCGACUAUCUGCUACUUCUUUUUCAAAGCCUCAGACCAGGACACAGUCCGCCAAGCGCUGUGUGCUUUACUCCACCAACUCUUCUCGCACAACCCGUCCCUGGUAAUACAUGCCCAGGAAGAAUAUAGGCGAGAUGGGCGUGGUCUAACCAACUCAACAACGUCACUCUGGACCAUUCUGAAAAAGGCAGUGCAAGAUCCCCUGGCCGGACCGAUAAUCAUAGUCCUCGAUGCCCUGGAUGAAUGCGCCGAGUUAGAGAUGGAGGACCUUAUACGAGGUAUAGAGAGCCAAUUCUCCGGCCCCAACGCAGGCCAUGGCAAGUUGAAGUACCUCUUAACAAGCCGGCCGUAUGAGAAGAUAGUGUGUCAGUUCACGGACCUGCGGGAAUUAUUCCCGUAUGUCCGUAUACCAGGAGAGGAUGAAUCGGAAAGUAUUGGCCACGAAAUCAACCGUGUAAUCCAGUACCGCGUCGAGAAGCUGGCGAAAGCGAAACGGCUGACCGAGCCUGUCAAACGUCACCUAGCAACGAGAUUGCUCGAGAUCCCGCACCGUACUUAUCUCUGGGUAUAUCUUGUGUUCGAUUACUUGACGACCGAACAGUUCAAGAAGACCACUAAGGGGAUUGAUUCCACCAUUGCCAACCUGCCUACAACCAUCAAUGAAGCAUAUGAGCAGAUUCUCAAUAAGUCAAAGCAAAAUCCAAUGGUUCGGAAGGCUUUGAGUAUUAUACUAGCGGCCAGUCAGCCGCUUACGGUUUCUGAGAUGAACGUUGCAUUGAACGUUGAUAGCCAAUCCAACUCGAUUGACGACCUCGAUCUGGAGGACGACGAGGACUUCAAAUCACGCCUCCGAAAUUGGUGUGGGUUGUUUAUUUCAAUCCACCACGGUGAGAUAUACUUUCUCCACCAAACCGCUCGAGAGUUUCUGCUUGCACGUCAACCUUUUGCGACUGCUCUGUCAAAGUCAAUUUGGCAACAUUCUAUUUCAAGCCAGGACGCACACACUGUUCUUGCAAAAGCCUGUGUGUCCUAUCUCAAUUUGCUCAAUCAUGACACUACUCCCGUGGACUUAAGCAGAGACUACAGCCAGUACCUCAAGACGCGUACUUUCUUAGAGUAUUCGGCUGAAUAUUGGGGUGCUCAUUACCGCGCGGCCGGUAUUAGCGCUGACGACGAUGUGGUUCCUUACGCUCUGGGCAUAUGUAGUCCAGAUUCGAGGAGCCAGUCCGUAUGGUUUAAAACACAUGCACGGGGCAGAUACUAUCAUUGCCCUUUUGGAAACUUCACCAGCCUCAUACUACUAUCCUAUUUGGGGCUCGAGGGACCCAGUGCACUUCUCCUUGAAAAGGGCGCUGACCUGGAGUCAAAAGAUAGCAAUGACCGGACAUCACUCUCAUUAGCUGCCGCGAGCGGGCAUGUUAGUAUUGUGAAGCUACUCCUUGAAAAGGGUGCUGACUUUGAGUCAAAAGAUUAUGCUGGUCGGACACCAUUAUCAUUAGCUGCAGAAUGUGGACACGAGAGUAUUGUCAAGAUACUUCUUGACAAGGGUGCUGAGUUUGCCUCUGAAGAUAUGAAUGGCGAGACUCCAGUAGCAUGGGCUGCAGGUAACGGG